CACAAAAAGUGGCCUCCAAUUCAAAUGGAAAGUCAACACCCUCUGCCUAGUGUUUGUGUAUAAAUAUGGACGCUCCCCUUUACUCACCUUCAAUUCAACCCAACAUACUCACACACACACACUAGAGAAAAAACCCACCCACCCACACUAGAAUAGCUUAAAUAUAUUGGGGUGUGAAAAUUACAUAUCACACCACUUUUUGCAGUUUUCUUCUUUCACUUGUGUUUGUGUGUGUGAAGAAAAGUGAUGGAGGUGAAGGGAGAAAAAAACAGUAAUUGUGAAGAGAUUAAUGGCACCGUUGAUUGGAGGGGACGGCCUUCCAAUCCCCUUAAGCAUGGUGGGAUGAGAGCUGCUGCCUUUGCUCUCGGAGUUCAGGGGUUCGAGAUAAUGGCUAUAGCGGCGGUUGGGAACAACCUCAUAACAUAUGUAAUAAAUGAGAUGCAUUUUUCACUGUCAAAGGCUGCAAACACAGUCACAAACUUCAUAGGGACAGUCUUCAUACUCGCACUCCUUGGCGGAUACCUCUCAGAUUCCUACCUCGGCUGUUUUUGGACUAUGCUCAUUUUCGCUUUUGUCGAACUUUCGGGUUUCAUAUUGCUAUCGGUCCAAGCCCAUCUCCCCCAACUGAAGCCACCGGCAUGCAACAUGUUGACGGACGGGCCCAAAUGCAAGGAGGCCGAUGGUGUGAAGGCCUUCAUAUUUUUCGUUGCACUAUAUCUAGUGGCCUUGGGGAGUGGGUGUGUGAAGCCCAACAUGAUAGCCCAUGGGGCCGACCAGUUCAACCAAGACCAGCCCAAAGAGUCCAAGAAGCUCUCUAGAUACUUUAAUGCAGCCUAUUUCGCCUUCUCCACGGGGGAGCUUAUUGCGUUGACCGUGCUCGUUUAUGUCCAAACGCAUUCCGGAAUGGAUAUCGGGUUUGGGGUCUCGGCUGCAGCUAUGGCUAUGGGGCUUAUUAGCUUAAUUUGUGGUACACUUCUCUAUAGGAACAAGACUCCUCGAGGCACCAUCUUGACUCCUCUUGCACAAGUGGUUGUGGCUGCAAUUGCGAAGAGAAAUCAAGUUUGUCCAUCCGAUCCUCGGAUGCUUAAUGGAUACAACACCACCAAGGAGCCAAAUACCGACAACUCCUUCACUGAAACAACUUCCGAGCUUCAACUCACUCAUAGAUUUAGAUUCCUGAACAAGGCCUGUAUCAAGACUGCGGCCGACAAGGCUGAGAGCCCUUGGACACUUUGCACCAUGGCCCAAGUCGAGCGAGUCAAGAUACUCAUCUUGAUCAUGCCCAUAUUCGCUUGCACAAUCGUGUUCAACACCAUACUGGCUCAACUCCAGACCUUCUCAGUCCAACAAGGCAGCUCCAUGGACACCCGCGUCACCAAAUCCUUCCACAUUCCCCCGGCCUCCCUCCAAGCCAUCCCUUACCUCAUGCUCAUCUUCAUCGUCCCAUUGUACGACACCUUCUUUGUACCCUUUGCCCGCCGCAUCACGGGCCAUGACUCUGGUUUGCCCCCACUCCACCGGAUUGGCGCUGGCCUUGUCCUGGCCACCUUCUCCAUGGUCUCUGCGGCUCUUAUGGAGAAUAAGAGGCGCCAGGCGGCAGUCCAGUCGAACGAGACUAUCUCAAUAUUCUGGAUCACGCCUCAAUUUCUGAUAUUCGGGGUUUCUGAGAUGUUUACUGCAGUCGGGUUGAUCGAGUUUUUCUACAAGCAGUCGUUGAGAGGCAUGCAAGCAUUCCUGACAGCUAUCACCUAUUGUUCGUACUCGUUCGGAUUCUAUCUGAGCUCAGUGCUUGUGUCGGUCGUGAACAGAGUCAGUGGCUCAUCGUCACGGAAGGGGUGGUUGAGUGAUAAUAACUUGAAUAAGGACAGAUUGGAUUUGUUCUAUUGGAUGUUGGCGGUUCUGAGUUUCGCGAAUUUCCUUAACUAUAUAUUCUGGGCGAGGUGGUACUUGCGCAAUCGAUCCAAGUCGAAUAAUACGGAUGGUAUUAAGGUUGGGGGAGACGAGAAUAUAUAGAGAUUGUGAUGGUGUGUUUUCCAUGCCUAGAAUUGUAAUAAGACUAGUGGGAUUAAUUCAAAACCCAAAAAAAGAAAGAAGGCUAUGUAUUAGGGAUGACUAAGAUGGGAUUUGCAUAGUGUAAAGGUUUGGCAUCAAUAAUUGGCUUCUAUUCCGUGCAACUGAUCUUGUAUUAGGGUUUGUUUCCUAGGUUUGUUAUGAAGAUGUGUAAUAUUUUAUAUAAGCUAAGAUAAUUAAUUGGUAUUAAAUAUUUUUCUAAUUCAAUAUACAAUUUUCUCGAG